CGUACGCGUAUACGGCUUGGAACAGAAUUGAACUUCACUACGUACCACGACAUUCUACGUAUACCCACUCACAAGCACAGCAGCACAGGAGCUACUUACCAUGGGUUUGAGCAGCUCUAGUAUGGAAAGCUCAUGCGUAAUCCGGGAGGUCGCUAAAGACGUCUGGACAUUUUCGUGUCCCUUUGCCCGGUUUGGACUCGUGCCAGUGGGAGGGCGAUCGACUGCAGUCAAGUUGUCCAACGGCGAUGUGUGGGUAAUGGCUUCGACACCUUUGACGACUGAGACCAAAGCCAAACUGAACGAAAUGGGGCCGGUCAGAUGGAUCGUUGGAGCUGACGCGGUGCACCACAUGUUCCUCGGAGAAUUUAAGAAGGAAUACCCCGAAGCCAAGCUAGUCGCAGUUGACGAGGCGGUGAAAAAGAAGGCUAAAGAAAACCUUGAGUUCCACGGAGUUUGGGGCUCGGACCCUCGAGAAGCUCAAUAUGGCUUUGAGAGCGAUAUUCAGCAUUGCUUUUUCUCUGGAUUCGCUAACCGCGACACAGCCUUCUUCCAUCCCGCCUCGAAGACGCUGAUAGUGGCUGACCUCCUCUUCAAUUUGCCCGCCAAGGAACAGUAUUCGAAGACGUCGUCAUCCGGCAAGGUUCCCAUCUUCGGAACUCUAAACCCCUACAUGGGCAUCCACAAGCGAUUUGCCUGGUAUAUGGGCGUGGACAAAGAGGACAUGAAACGCGACGUGAAGACUGUUGCGAGCUGGGACUUUGACCGUAUCAUACCUUGUCAUGGUGAUGUCGUCGAGAAGGAUGGCCACAAAGCCUGGUGUGAAGCGUAUAAGUGGUAUCUCGAUGCGGACAAGAAGGACUGAGGCAUUGUCGUUCUUGCCGUUUUGUCCUUGGGGCCUCGAAUCUGUGCAGUGGCGGCCAUCGAGAUUUGUGUAUAUUGUAUGUUUACCUCCCCGCUUUGUUCGGUCUCUAAAUCGGCUAUUGUUGUUUCAUCCGAAACGUUCGCCAACUCUUACAGUCAACGUUUCCGCAGCGGCGCCAAGCCUAGGGCAUGGUCGUACGGCUAAUUUAUUUGGAUCCAAG